CUGCCCCCUACCGGCGAUGUACAGUAGUAGGCAUGCCACGGUCACAGGAAGCAGCUGCAGCAGCUCCAGCUCCAUGGCUGACACGGAAGAGGAAAACUUGCACAGCCAAAUUGAUGAGAUUGAAGCGUUAUCUUCUAUCUAUGGGGAUGACUGGUGUGUAAUAGAUGAAGCUGCAAGAAUAUUUUGUAUCAAAAUCUCCAACUCGUCCGACCAGCCACAAUGGACACUUUGUUUACAGGUGAUUAUACCUCCAGAAUACCCAGCUGCUGCACCUCCUCUUUAUCAACUUAAUGCUCCAUGGCUCAGGGGCGAAGAUCGUUUGGCAUUAUCAAAUCAUUUGGAAGAAAUUUACUUGCAAAAUCUUGGUGAGAUCAUUCUCUAUCAAUGGGUGGAAAAGGUCAGAGAAUUUCUGGUGGAGAAAUCAAAGACAUCGGUUCCAGGUCCAAGUACAAAACCCACAACAGAAGAAACUGAGGCUGUUGAUGAUGAUAUUGGAUCCAGUUUUGAAUUAUUAAAUGACUUGUUUGCUACCGCAGUUCUUAAUGAGCACUUUGAGAGUUUAGAAGGUGUAGAAGAAGAGGCCCCAACAAUAGCACAUGGGGAGCCAAUCAGUGACAGAAGAAGCACAUUUCAGGCACACUUAGCUCCUGUGCUCACCCCUGGCCAGGUUAAAAAAGUGCUGCAUAAACUAUAUGAGAACAAGAAAAUUGCUAGUGCCACUCACAACAUCUAUGCUUACAGGAUAUACUCCAAAAAGACAAAAUCAUUUAUACAAGACUGUGAAGAUGAUGGAGAAACAGCAGCGGGUAAACGACUACUACAUCUUAUGCAGAUUUUGGAUGCCAAGGAUGUAAUGGUGGUGGUGUCACGGUGGUAUGGAGGUAUCCUUCUUGGACCUGACCGCUUUAAGCAUAUCAACAACUGUGCACGAAACAUCCUGGUGGAGCACCACUACACCAAUUCUGCAGUGAGCUCUCAGCAGUGGCGGAACUAGCGAGCGGUGGGCCCAGGAAGAAUCUGGUAAGAAUCUUGGAAAGAGUAAAAGUCAUGCAAAAGAAAAUCAGAAGAGGACAGAACAUUAAUAAAUAUAUAUACAGGUUGAGUAUCCUAUAUCCAAAUACUCCAAAAUACGGAAUAUUCCGAAAUACGGACUUUUUUGAGUGAGAGUGAGAUAGUGAAAGCUUUGUUUUUUGAUGGCUCAAUGUACACAAACUUUGUUUAAUACACAAAGUUAUUAAAAAUAUUGUAUUAAAUGACCUUCAGGCUGUGUGUAUAAGGUGUAUAUGAAACAUAAAUGAAUUGUGUGUAUGUACACACACUUUGUUUAAUGCACAAAGUUAUAAAACAUAUUGGCUAAAAUGACCUUCAGGCUGUGUGUAUAAGGUGUAUAUGAAACAUAAAUGUAUUCUGUGCUUAGACUUAGGUCCCAUCACCAUGAUAUCUCAUUAUGGUAUGCAAUUAUUCCAAAAUACGGAAAAAUCCCAUAUCCAAAAUACCUCUGGUCCCAAGCAUUUUGGAUAAGGGAUACUCAACCUGUGUGUGUGUAUGUAUAUAUAUAUAUAUAUAUAUAUAUAUAUAUAUAUAUAUAUAUAUAGACAGACAUACAUACAUACAUACAUACAUACAUAUUAUAGACAAACUGUUGCCAGUGACUCUUGCAUUAUCAAAUCUUCAGAUAGUGGUCAACAUUUAAUUUUACAUAACUUAGCAAUUAUUUCAUGGGCUUUCCUUUCUGUUAAAAGAACGUGUGAAAUGGGGCUGUAGACCAUCUUGUAGGAUUGGCCGUCCUUCUCUUCUCUCGCCUUAUCUACUGCGACUUCCAGGGCUAUCGUGGAGUGCAUUGCAGUUUUCUACUUCUCAACUUCAGUGCUCAUGACACUCAGAGGACUGCACUCCGCAUCCAGCCACACAGAGGGUCAAUACUAACACCAGAAAUCGAUGGAUCUGAUUCUGGGUAAUCAGUGCACCCCUGGCUGCUGCAUCAUAUCAUUUCUAUAGCACACAUACAUGUCAUAGACCUUUCCCAGUAACGAUUCAGGUGCACAUGUAUCCAGUAACUAUAACGGCUUUAAUACCCUGCAAACAUCUCCUAGCUGUAUGUAGCAUAGCGCACACUGGGCCUAAUUCUGCAUCAGUAGCAGAUUCUGCUAAAUUGCAAAACCUGAUACUGAAAAAAAUCUCAUGCUGGGGGCCACCCAGCGUAGGGUAAGGCUGAGAAGUGCCAACCCAGCUAUGCGAUCACAAUCUAAUUGGAAUCGCAUUGUUUGCAGCAGUUACAGUCAACCCCUGCUUGCGCAGCCUGACUGCGAAUGCAGCCACACCACUGCCAUGUUUUCCCUUGCAACUGCUGCGUGUGAUGUCAAAUGGCCGCCCCUUAACCGGUCUGUACACGUCUGCGUUGUCCGAACCACUCCCCCCUGAUGCCUCAUCAACACCUCCCCCCGCCACUGUCAGUCACAGUGUGAUCGCUACCAUCAGUCCUGUGGUAUGCCAACAGCAAAGCGUCCUGAGACCAUUCAUGUGUGGGGUUGCUUCUCAGACAAAAUUGUGAGUGAGCCCACUCCCUUGGCUAAGAACACAGCCAUGAAUAAAGAAUGGUACCAAAACAUCCUCCAAGAGCAUCUUCUCCCAGCCACCCAAGAACAGUUUGGUCAUGAACAAUGCCUUUUCCAGCAUGAUGGAGCACCUUGCUAUAAGGCAAAAGUGAUAACAUUGAAAUUUUGGGUCCAUGGCCAGGAAACUCCCAAGACUUUAUUCCCAUUGAGAACUUGUGGUUAAUCCUCAACAGGCGGGUGGACAAACAAAAACCCACAAAUUCUGACAAAACACCAAGCAUUGAUUAGGCAAGAAUGGGCGGCCAUCAGUCAGUAUGUGGCUCAGAAGUUGAUUGACAGCAUGCCAGGGUGAACUGCAGAGGUCUUGCAAAAGAAAGGUCAACACUGCAAAUACUGACUCUGCAUAAACGUCAUGUAAUUGUCAAUAAAAGCCUUUGUCACCUACA